UUUCUAUUGGUGCAUUAGACUGUCAUUCGUCUUCUGUAGCCCUGAGGUUGGCUAAUUACACAGACACGAUGGGAUAAUCCCGGUUAACAGAAGCUGAUGUCAGAUUGGUUAGGUUUACCACAAAUCCCUUCAUGGUUGAGGUUGGCGAUGCGGGUCUAGCUUGCAGUCACUACUGCAGAAGAAGUGGAGGGAGUGUCUGACUGCUCUGGAAUUUCCUUUAUGAUGGUCUGUCAGUCCACCUGCUAACCUGCCUGUUUUACUCACCAAAUGGAUCUGCACUUGUGAUCGGAUUCGCUCAAACUCUAUUGCGACGUCUCCGCGCGCGCAGGGCCGUAUCGUAACAUUCGUGUCGCGCGCUCUGCAAUAUGGGUACCGUGUUAUCUGUAUCCCCUAUAGUGACUAAAGGGGCCAUUCUGGAAGAUGGAGAAGACGAAGCCAAUGGGAAAAGCCUUAAAAAGCAGUCAGUAGUCGUGUCCAUGCUCACAUUUAAGCGGCUAGUGACUGCAUCGGGUAAGAAAAAAUGUGCCAAGAAAGUAAAUCCGAAUCUUGCUCCGCUGCCAGAGAGCAGCGACUGUCAGGUCGAGAAUCUGAACCAGGAGAACUUCAGGAAAUCGCAACAAUCGACCGAGCGGAAAACGAAAAAUGGACCUCUUGCGGUGCCCAUCCCCACGGUUCCUCCCCAUCUGGAUCAGAAUCAGGACCAGCUCAAUCCAGCGCCGAAGCAACUGGUGUCGGUUCAGAAGCAGCCCAGCAACCGGUCGCUCCUCUCGCCACGGCGCGUGAUCGUCCAGGCCUCCACCGGGGAGCUGCUCCGUUGCCUGGGUGAAUUCCUGUGCAAACGGUGCUGCAAAGUCAAGGAACUAACCUCAAAUGAGGUCAUCCUUUGGUUCCGCAACGUGGACAGGACUCUGCUGUUGCAGGGCUGGCAGGACCAAGGGUUCAUCACGCCAUCCAACCUCGUGUUCGUCUAUCUGCUCGUUAGGGAAACUGUAACCGAUGAUGUUGACAAUCCACGUGAACUCCACGGGACCUUUCUUACCUGCCUCUAUCUGGCGUAUUCCUACAUCGGAAACGAGAUCUCGUAUCCUCUCAAGCCCUUCAUGGUUGACGCCAAUGCGGACGCGUUCUUUGAACGUUCGUUAGAUGUCAUCGAUAAACUGAGCGGGAAAAUGCUGCAGAUUAACAUGGAUCCGCACUUUUUCACAGAGGUUUUCCAAGACUUAAAAAACGAAGGAGAUUGUAAGAAGGGUGGAAGCGAACUGGACCGCUGACUGUGAUCGAAAUCUGAGCAGAGAUCAGUUACUACUGAUUUAUUGGAUGCAAUUGUAGUCAGCUCUGCUUGAGUGACUGUUGCGUUGCGCCACGAGCCAAUUUAAUAGCCUAUUUAUGACACUGUUUUGUUGGCUUUGUUUUAACAGUAUUAAGUGGUGAUUUAGUCAACAUGGCUUCACCGGUUUAGCUAAUGCAUGUCAUAUAGAUUUGUAUCUGUUGCUUCACAGUCUUACAUAAAAAGGGAAAGAACAAAUGAACGUUUAUUCUAUAUAAUUGUCUCAGCUGUCAUUACUAAGGUUAUCUGG